GAGAGAGAGAGAGAUUGAUUCAGUCCUGGCAGGUGUUAGCGUCUCUUCCUCCGUCAAACCGAUCAUCUUCAUCCGUGAAUUCACCGUCUCGUCCGUGAUGGAGGAGAGAGAAGACAGAGGAGGAGGAGGAGGAGGAGGAGGAGGAUACCACCGGGCAGCCAAGCGGCUCCGGACGGAAGAGGAGGCCGGCGGAGAGGAGCUGGAGGACGGGGAGCAGGACUCCGCCGGAGAGGAGGCAGCGAGGAGCGGCGUCACCGAGAGCAGGAGCCGCAGGAUCCGAGGGACCAAGGACGGUGUGGAGGACAGUCACUGCAUCCCUCCGUCUGCGGUCGUCCACGUCCGAGGGCUCUGUGACGCCGUGGUGGAGGCUGAUCUGGUGGAGGCGCUCGACAAGUUUGGCAACAUCUGUUACGUGAUGAUGAUGCCGUUUAAGCGCCAGGCUCUGGUGGAGUAUGACAGCGUGGACAGCGCCGAGCGCUGCGUGUCGUGCGGAGCUCGUGAGGCCAUCUGCGUCGCCGAGCAGCAGGCCUUCUUCAACUUCUCCACCAGCCAGAGAAUCACCAGACCCACCAAUGUAGACGACCCCACCAGCGGAAACAAAGUCCUGCUGCUGUCCAUCCAGAACCCGCUGUACCCCAUCACCACCGAUGUUCUCUACACCGUCUGUAACCCCAUCGUUAACGUCCAGCGCAUCGUCAUCUUCAAGCGCAAUGGCAUCCAGGCCAUGGUGGAAUUUGAGUCAGUGGAGGACGCUCAGAAGGCCAAACUGGCUCUAAACGGAGCCGACAUCUACGCCGGCUGCUGCACGCUCAAGAUCGAAUACGCUCGGCCCAACAGACUGAACGUCGUCCGCAAUGACAACAGCAGCUGGGAUUACACCAAACCCUUCCUCCUGCAGCGAGAGAGGGGAAAGGGGAGGCAGCGGCAGGCUAUACUGGGAGAGCAUCCAUCCAACGGUUAUGGCUCGCACUGCCCCCUGCUGCCUCUGCCUGGGAACUGCAGGUACAGGAGGAGCAGUGAGGAGGUGCAGGACAUGAUCUCCUACCCGCUGCUCCUCCCUAAGACCUCCCACUCCUACUCCUCCUCCUCCUCCUUCCUGGGCCACGGCGCCUCCAGCUCAGUCGCCAUGGUGAGCGGCCUCCAUCCAGCCAAGAUGAACUGCAGCUGCAUCUUCAACCUCUUCUGUCUCUACGGCAACGUGGAGAAGGUGAAAUUCAUGAAGAGCGUUGCCGGCACGGCGUUGGUGGAGAUGGGGGAUGAGUACGCGGUGGACCGGGCCGUGACUCACCUCAACAGCAUCAAGGUGUUUGACAAAAAACUCAACGUCUGUGUGUCCAAACAGCAGGCGGUCAUUCCCAGUCAGGUGUUUGAGCUGGCCGACGGCAGCAGCAGCUACCAGGACUUCAGUCUGAGCAGAAACAACCGCUUCAGCAGCGCACAGAGCAGCAGGAACAUCAUCCAGCCGCCCUCCGCCGUCCUGCACUUCUACAACGCCCCUCCCACCCUGAGCCAGCACCAGCUGCACAAGCUCUGUACUGAACACAACGUUCCCGCCUUCACCAAGUUCAAGGUCUUCGAUGCCAAAUCAGCCAGCUCUAAGACUCUGUCUGGUCUGCUGGAGUUCGACAGUAAAACUGAUGCUGUGGAGGCUCUGACCGUCCUCAACCACCACCAGAUCAGAAUACCCAACAGCUCCAACCCCUUCACCCUGAAACUCUGCUUCUCCACCUCCUCCCAUCUGUGAGCCACAAACAAGAUCGUCGCCGCAGUUGGCAGGUCCUCCAGAACGACGGGGAAGUUUUAUUCUUUACAGAAAGAGAAAAUGAUGCAGAACGGUGGCAGGAGAUUUGAGUUUUUUCCUGUGAGGCGUUUGAAUGGAUGAUUUUAUUUGUGUGGUUUCUGUUUAUUUGAGCAUUGAGAUGGAGUCGUGACGAGGCAGUUUAACGAGGAAAAGCACCUUAAUGAACUAAAUGAGUUAACGGUCCUUGGAGCCUCCUUUAAAACAUGAGUGAUGCCAGCGAUCUGAGAGAAAACCUUCUGCUCCGGCUGAAAUGUGAUUUCUCCCACAAGAGAAAUCAAAUCGAUAAAUAGCUUUAUCCUCCACAAAAGGCCCUCAGAUCCUGAAGAGAUAUGAAGAUAUCAGCUGUCACUAAAUACAGAAGUAGUCACACAUGAAACAGCUUUUUAGAGGAGCGAUGUAGUUGUUGUUGUAACAGGCCGAACUCAGGGAGGAAUCAGAUAUCAGAGUAUUUAUGUGACAAUCCUGAAAUAUUUUUUUUACAAGUAAUUUUAAUAUUGUUGGACCAGUUUAGGAUUUAUUCAGUUUUAUUUCAUUUCGUUGACUUUAAAGUUAUUUUAUCAUCUCAGUUGAGCCGCUAAUGGUAAAUCAGUGUAUUUCAUGUAAAACGGAGCUCAAAGAUUAGUAGUUUUAUUUGUGUGAUUGAUUGAAUUUAACAAAUUUAUUUUUAUUUUUAUAGUUAUAAAUGCACUCUCUGGGUUUCCUCCACAACUGCACUGCUGAAUGACUUUUUAAGAAGAGGGGGUCGGUUCUUGUUUUACUGAGGAGCUGAUCAAUGUUAUUGUUUAUAGUUUCCUCUGUAGUUAUCAGUCGGGAGGUGGAAAGCACAACAUUAUUAAUUGAACAUUUACAGAAUAAUUACAUUUUAUGGAUAAAGUCCUUUUUACUUUUCGUUGUUUGAUUUGUGACUUUUCAAGUAGCAAUACUUUGUGUCUGUGUACUUACUAAAUUAAUUCUUGGUUCCAGAAAUUGUGGUUCAGCUGUUGGAUGACAAGUUAGCCACAAGUUAUUUAUGAGGCUGUAUUUCCAGCUACUUCUGCUGCACGCAAGUUUGCAAAAAAACAAAACAAAACAGCAAUUAAAACAGUUCUUAGUCACGAAAGCAAUUAGUGUAAAUGUCAUGUGUGACGGCGAAGGUUUUGGCCUCACGCGACAAAAUAGCUCUAGCAUGACACAAAGUUAGCCGUAUAACUGCUAAAAACAACGGACUCACUGUAGCAAUUUAGAAUAACAAUAACUUCCCAUAAGACUUUGAGCUCGAUGCAUCAUAAUAAUAAUGACUAAAUGUGUUACAAUGCCACAUUUGUGUUCGGAUGCUCAUACCAUGUUGGCUGGAUCAACCACAGAACUCGUUAACAGUUUUCAUGCAAACUGUUUCUUCUGCAAUUAUCUUGAGUGUGUGGGAAGACAAGUAGUGAUUUUUCAACAUUUUUUUGAGCAGCACCAACUAAAGUUAAUUUACCUCCAUUUUAUUUGGGGGGAGGUUUUGUGAGUGUGUGUAAUUCUGGGUGAACUGCCCCUUUUUAAAAAUAUCUUAAAGGAAUACUUCACCCGCAACAUACAUUACUCACCACGUGUUACUUUGAGUUCUUGAAGACAGCUUUGUUUUUCCUGCAGGCCUCCACGGUGAAAGAGAAUCACAAAACGUCUUGAUGGAGCGGGAAACGUCUUGAUGAAUUAAGCAAAUGGGGAUUUGUGUUUAUCAACAGCAAAACUGUAUCAAAACAUUACAAACUCUGACACAACUCGAGCAGUUUAAUCCAAGUUUCUUUUUUCCAGUCGUAUGCUCAGUACUUCCUAAACACAUGCAUUUUGACCCAGAUCUUUUUAUUCAAAACACUUUUGCAUCAACAGUCUCACGCUUGCAAAGGCGUGCUACUUGUCCGUGCGAGUGUUUUGGAUAGUAAAGUUUUAGCAAAGAUGCACGUGUUUGGGAAGUAUUCAGCAUACGAGUGGAUAAAUGAAGCUUGGAUUAUACUGCACGAUUUGUGUGAGAGUUUGUGAACGGAUGUCUUGAUGAUUUGCUGUUGUAAUACGCGGCCUCCAUUCAUUUAAUUGAUCAAGACUUUUCUCUGGUUUUUGAUUCUCGGUUCACCGUGGAGGCAUGCAACAAUUCAAGGCAACGCGUGGUGAGUAAUUAAUAUACAAAUGGACAUUUUGUGGUUGAAGUAUUCCAGAGUUUUGAUGGUGGUUGAACCAUUCAACAGAACUAUGUUUCUGACUGUCAACUUUGUUUGUCACUGUCUGUUCAUUAAAUGUUUGUUAGAGUUUUGCUGUUUAUUUGAUCUGUGAUCGUAUCUGACCAAAAAGACGUCAUGUCCAACCUCCACUUGUGUUUCCAAAUGUUCAGUAGUUAUCGUAUUUUUUGAUAAUUCAGCCCUUUAUAGUAAUUCCUAAAACCCCUACAUGUUUGAUAAUGUCAGCAAGUCAUGUUUUGUUUUUUUACAUGAUAGUUCAAUAGUAUGGGGUUGAGUUUUCAUCAUAUGUUAACAAUGUAAGAAAUAUGUAUUCAGAAAACUACCCCUGGAUCUGCCAUAAACUACUUGUAA